GGGGAGGAGCCGGGGAAAGGAGGCCCCAGCCCAGAGUGCAGCCCGCGGCCAAAGGGAGAGCAGGCAGGACGGUCGGGGAUCAUGGGGGAGAGCGCGCUGGAGCCGGGGCCUGUGUCCGCAGCAGCGGCGGGGGGCCCGGUGCACGCCGUGACGGUGGUGACGCUGCUGGAGAAGCUGGCCACCAUGCUGGAGGCGCUGCGGGAGCGGCAGGGGGGCCUGGCUCAGAGGCAGGGCGGCCUAGCGGGCUCUGUGCGCCGCAUCCAGAGCGGCCUGGGCGCGCUAAGCCGCAGCCACGAUACCACGAGCAACACACUGGCGCAGCUACUGGCCAAGGCGGAGCGCGUGGGCUCGCACGCAGAUGCCGCGCAGGAGCGCGCGGUGCGCCGCGCGGCCCAGGUGCAGCGGCUGGAGGCCAACCACGGGCUGCUCGUGGCGCGCGGGAAGCUCCACGUCCUGCUCUUCAAGGAGGAGGCCGAAAUCCCAGCCAGCGCCUUCCAGAAGGCGCCAGAGCCCUUAGGCCCAGCCGACCCGUCCGAGCCCGGCCCAGAGCAGCCCGAGGGUGAAGUUGAGGAGAGCUCGGACGAGGAGCCCGUGGAGUCCAGGGCUCGGCGGCUGCGGCGCACCGGGUUGCAGAAGGUACAGAGCCUGCGAAGAGCCCUGUCGGGCCGGAAAGGCCCCGCAGCACCAACGCCCACGCCGGUCAAGCCACCUCGCCUUGGGCCUGGCCGGAGCACUGAUGGCCAGCCUGACGCCCGGCCCGCGCUGGAGCCCAACCUGGAGUCAGAACCUCCACAGGACACCGAGGAAGAUCCCGGGAGACCUGGGCCAGCGGAAGCCGCAGUGCUUCAAAUAGAGAGCGCAGCCUAAUGGCCGGUGCCUCUCGGUGCCUAUGCCCAGUCCCAAAAUAAAUCUCCCUUUCAGAAUGCAGCCUUCACACCCAAAUAAGGAGUGAAUCCUGCAUCCACAGCCCCGCUCUAACUUGCCUCUCCCACUUCCUUCAGGCUAGACAGUCCUCUGAGAAAGGAGCAGCCACUCUAACCUGCUUGCCCUCACUGUCAAUAAAAGUAACGUCACCUAA